AUGAUGCAACAGAUCAUUGGGUCUAAUGCAAAGAUUAGUGAGAGAGUAGAUGCACAUGACUCGGCGAUCAAGAAUAUUGAAAUGCAAAUGGGCCAAAUUUUGAUGUCUCUAAACAGUCGCACUCAUGGAACACUACCCGCAGAUACCCAGGUAAAUCCAAAAGAUCAAGUCCCGAAGCAGUUGAUGGCGGUGAGCUUACGUAAUGGCAGAGAUUUGGAUGUAGAGCAAGAAAGGGCUCGAGAAGCCAGGGAAGUUGAGACACUUAUAUCAGAACCAGUGGUUGAUGUAGCGGCUGAUAAAGAUCGAUCCCAAAUGAUUGGGAAGAAGAGACCUCCUGCACCCUUCCCUCAAAGGCUAUCUAAGUACCAAAAAGAGGAGCAAUACAAGAAGUUCUUGGAAAUGCUAAAACAAAUCCAGGUAAACAUUCCCUUAAUUGAUGCUUUGAAAGAGAUGCCUGGGUAUGCAAAAAUGAUGAAGGACUUAAUGUCCCGAAAAUUUGAUUUCCAAGACUUAGCCACAGUUACUCUCACCCAGACCUGUAGUGUAGUGGUGACUAGACCAAUUGUGAAAAAGCUAUCUGACCCAGGGAGCUUUACAAUCCCAUGCACUAUUGGUGAUUUUGCCUUUGCUAAAGCACUGUGUGAUCUAGGGGCCAGCAUUAAUCUUAUACCCCUGCUGGCUGACAGGACGGUAAAGCGACCCUCUGGUAUUCUGGAUGAUGUGUUGAUUCAGAAAUCUAUGAGGCGACCAAGUGAAUUCGCCAAUUACUCUUUUAUAGAUGCCGUGGAGGUAAUUGUAGAGAUUGAUGAUGAACUGCUGACUAGUAAAGACCCCCUUGCUGCGUGUCUGAUGAACUUUGAUGAGGUAAAGGGAGAAGAACUGGUUGGAUGGGUACUUAAGGAGUGCAAGACUGCUAUUGGGUGGACCAUGACAGACAUAAAGGGAAUCAUCCCUGCAUACUGUAUGCAUAAAAUUCUGCUGGAAGAAGGACACAAACCUUCCAUAGAACACCAAAGAAGGCUGAACCCCAAUAUGAAGGAAGUAGUGAAGAAAGAGGUGAUCAAGUGGUUAGAUGCGGGAAUUAUUUUCCCAAUUUCUGACAGUAGCAGAGUAGCUGGGAAGCUGAACUUGGCUACCCGGAAAGACCAUUUCCCACUUCCUUUUAUUGAUCAGAUGUUGGAUAGAUUGGCAGGAAGGAGAAUGCCAUUUGGCCUUUGUAACGCACCUGCAAUAUUCCAACGAUGCAUGAUGGCCAUUUUUACAGACAUAGUGGAGGACAUUAUGGAGGUCUUCAUGGACGAUUUCUCAGUGGUGGGAAAUUCGUUUGAUGAAUGCCUAGCAAAUUUAACUCGUGUUCUAAAAAGGUGCAUCGAAAUGAAUCUAGUGCUAAAUUGGGAGAAGUGCCAUUUUAUGGUACAAGAAGGAAUUGUCUUGGGGCACUUAGUGUUGAGUAAAGGGAUUGAGGUGGACAGAGCCAAAGUCGACGUGAUAGAAAAACUUCCACCUCCAACAUCAGUCAAGGCUAUUCGUAGCUUCCUGGGACAUGCCGGCUUCUACCGGCGAUUCAUCAAGGAUUUUUCCAAGAUCGCAAAUCUCCUCUGUAAGUUGCUCGAAAAAGAUAACCCAUUUGUGUUUUUUGAUGAUUGA